AGAAGAUCGACCGGCAAGGGCGAGUUGGCGAUUGGCACCUGCCUCACCCUCCCAUACCUGGCCAUCUGGUGCGUGCAUGCGUGUUGCUGCCAUGGCAACUGUGGCUUCACCCCUCGCAUUUCUUCUCCUGCUGCUUCAACUGGCUGAUGGCUCAUUCCCAGAGGAACCCAGUCCACUCAGCUACGUCCCUGUAGAGGUGGUGAGGAGGUAUCCGGUGUUCCUGGGCCGAGCUCAUCGUUCAGCACAAAGGCAGGAGCUGCACAUCCAGACGGUCCUCCAAGUCAACCGCACACUCUACAUAGGAGCCAGAGAUGACUUGUACAGAGUGGAGCUGGAUAACAUGGGAGGCGAUGAGAUGUUUUACAGCAAGAAAAGGACUUGGGAAUCCAAUAAGAAUGAUAUUCGAGUGUGUCGGAUGAAGGGCAAACACGAGGGAGAGUGUCGUAAUUUCAUCAAGGUUUUACUCAGACAGCACGGUGGGCUGUUUGUAUGCGGAACAAAUGCCUUCAACCCUCUGUGUGCCAACUACACUAGAGACAGUCUAGAAAUGGUGGGAGAGCCUAUCAGUGGGAUGGCACGGUGCCCGUAUGAUCCACGACAUGCCAAUGUGGCUUUAUUUGCAGAUGGAAGUCUUUUUACCGGCACUGUGACAGACUUCUUGGCCAUUGAUGCAGUGAUCUAUCGCAGCCUCGGCGACAGCCCUGCCCUCCGCACAGUCAAGCACGACUCCAAAUGGUUCAGAGAGCCUUACUUUGUGAGUGCCAUGGAGUGGGGGCCUCAUAUUUAUUUCUUCUUCAGAGAGAUGGCCAUGGAGUUUCAUCAUCUGGAAAAGGUGAUGGUGUCCCGUGUGGCCCGUGUGUGCAAAUCAGACCUGGGUGGCUCUCAGCGUGUCCUCGAGAAACAGUGGACCACGUUUCUAAAGGCGCGGCUCAACUGCUCCGUCCCUGGAGACUCACACUUCUACUUCAACCUCCUGCACGCCACAAGCGGCAUCAUCCACAUGCAGGGACGAGACGUCAUCCUGGGUCUCUUUUCCACACCGCCCAACAGCAUCCCGGGAUCUGCGGUGUGUGUGUUUGACAUGCAGCAGCUUGCUCAUGUCUUUGAGGGACGGUUUAAGGAGCAAAAAUCCCCUGAGUCUAUUUGGACACCUGUACCAGAUGAAGCCGUGCCUAAACCAAGGCCAGGCGGAUGUGCAGUGCAGGGAUCCAGAUUUAGCUCCUCGACCACACUGCCAGAUGAGGUGCUGAACUUUGUGAAGACCCACCCACUAAUGGAUGAAACUGUUCCGCUACUGGGACAUAGACCCUGGGUGGUCAAGACUAUGGGACGGUACCAGCUGACAGCUAUGGUGGUGGAUACAGAAGCUGGCCCCUAUAAGAACCGUACAGUCUUAUUCCUGGGUUCAACCCGAGGAACUAUUCUCAAGUUCCUAAUGAUUCCCAGUGGAGAUUCUAUCUCUCAUAGUAGUGUCUUUCUGGAGGAGGUGGAGGGAUUCAACCCAGAUAAGUGUGGUGAGGACUCUCCUCAGGCUCGUCAACUCCUGUCUCUGUUGCUGGACCGUACGAGCCACACUCUGCUGCUGGCCUUUCCCUCAUGUCUGGUCCGAGUCCCCACAUCUCGCUGCCACCUUCAUUCACGCUGCAUGAAGAGCUGUCUGGCUUCCAGGGAUCCAUAUUGUGGCUGGACCAGAGGCAGCACUUGCUCCUUUCUAAGACCUGGCACACGGCUCCCUUUUCAACAAGAUGUGGACUAUGGAAACACCACCUCCCACCUUGGAGACUGUGAUGGAAUACUGCAGCAGAGUUUGCUCAUUGAACCAGAGAGCCUGGUCUCACUCAACCUGCUUGUGGCAUCUGCAGUCUCCGCAUUCACCAUAGGGGCGGCGCUCUCUGGCCUUGCUGUGUGCUGGAUCAUGGCCCACAAGCCUGCAAAUCGCCGCCACGGCACCACUUCCCAGGCCUCCAUCCAGCGGCGUGAAAGAGGCCUGCUGAGCAACGGUGGAGGGAUGGGAGGCUCUGUGUUGAGUGUGACACGGCAGGGAGGUGGGGAGCGCCCCUGCUCUCAGGGUGGGGAGACCUUGUUUGUCAUGCCCAACGGCUGGGUGAAGUCAGGAGAGCUUGACCCUGGUUUCCUGCCCACCCCAGAGCACACACCCCAGCAGAAACGCAGAGGCCUGCGGUUGUCCGACUCCAAUUCUGGAGGGUGGGACACAAGUCAGACCUACCUUGGGGGAGGUUCUGUAGGUCUAGGUUCACCCUGCCGCAUGCCACCCUCUGUUUACCUGACCACCAGACUCUUCCAGCAAGGCGGUGGUGGAAGACACAGCUGUGACAGCCGAGGAAAUGACACGCCACGCCAGCACUAUGUCUGUCUGAGCAAGCAAGAAAAAGGGAAGGGUACGCCUAAAGCCCCUCUCAGAAAGUCUGCAGUAGAAUAUGUUUACCCCAUGACCCCACAAGACUCACCUGAGCGUCGGAGAGUGGUCUCAGCACCCAGCGCCCCCAUGGAGUACAGCGAGCCACUGCCUUUGCGUUGGCCAGCCCAGGAAGGAUACAUCCUCAGCAGCCACGGGAUGGUACCUGUCCCCCUGCCUCCCCCCUCCAUGCCUGCUCCCAGCAGCCAAGCCUAUGUAUCCCAGCAACAUACCCCCGGGCUGAGCAGGGCUCUGCUGAGAGGGGCCCUGGAGCGAGGGGAGCUGGGUGAGCUGGUGGAUCUCAGCCAGCUGAUGAGUAAGAAGAACUGCAGUGACAGGACUCAGGCUGGCCAGUGACUGUGGAGGAAAUGAAACGGGCAGAAUGUCCAGACGUCUUUGUUUUGUUUACAUAAAUAUCCUCUUUCUCUUUAUUCUGUUUGUCACUCUCUCCCUUCUCUUUUCCCCCACAUCUUUAUUUCAUUGUCAUUUACACCCCACCCCACCCCAAUAUUCUCUGCCAGUCUCUCAGGCGACCCCUCUUUCACCCUGUGACGAGCCUCUCCUUAUGACUGGCUACUGGGUUUGCCACUCAUAUUCUGGCUCACAUUAAUUGGUCAGAUGGACUGAGGUUGUUGCUGUGUCUGCAUUGCAGAGUUGCCUCUCUCUCCUGAUCUCAGUGGCAGCAGGAAGAAGGAGGAGAGAGAGAGAGGAUGGAGGGGAGCAAAAGAGAUGGAAAGGGAGCCGAACGGGGGAGCAGAGAGGAUGAGGAUGAAAAUGGACAUAGCACUUGGAUGCUGCGUUCCCUGUGCUGAUUGACUGCAGGGCCAGUCGAAUACUACUGCAAUAGCGGGAUGCUUUCCCCUUCACGGAUAGCAUUAACAAGACUACUAGCCAUCUGUUCCCCACAACAUUACCUGUUGGUGUGAUUGCCAACUGGGUGCUUGAAGUGAAAUUGGAAAUUCUGAACAUCUUUAAAGUAUCUGAAGCUCUGGGUGAAAAAACUGGUCAUUCUGGCAACACAGAAAUUGACCCUAUUAAUCCUUCAGUUUUUUCACUCUUUCUUCUCUUUGCUGCACACAUACAAGACUUGCAUACAUGUAUUUGUACAGGUGGGGUAUUUAGUAUUCUGUGUAUACGAGGAGCAUGACUUGUGUGCCAAAUGCCUCUAACCUGUCUCAUGGGGAUAUGGGACCAUAAUUCACAUCUUUGGAGUGCAGGGUGCAGGACUGGAACGUCAGCACUAUUCCUGCCAACUGCAUGCUCUCUGUAAUGACGGCAUUUCAGCUGUCCAUCGCUCAAUUCGUUUGUUCCUUCCACUCUGUGUACUCUUUAACCACCAAUAAUUCCACAAGGACAUCGGGCGGGAUUGCACCGCAGCACUGGACUGACAGAAAAAUCACCGAUGAUAGAAAGGCGUUGAGGUGCACACACUGCAAUGUAAGAGCACCUUGUCCUUCGCUGUCACCUUAGGGGUUUUUUUUCUGCUUACACACACAGACACACACGCACAUUCAUUAGAGGUGCAUUAUAGAACACAGUCCAAUUUUAUGGGGCAAAAUUUCCCCUUAGGCCCACAGUGGGUCAAGGUCUCGCAGAUGUAAUACAGAGCACAGUGACAGUUACAGUGGUGAUGAUUGAAACCUCUGGUUCAUCUCAGAGCCAAUAGGGGUGAGCAGAAAUGUUCUCAGCUGGCAAAUGGGACUAUAUAUUCAGCCCAUCAAAGUGUCCACAGUGCCAUGAAAUGGUCGGCCUUUAGAUCAACACAACAUGGUUUAAACGUGUAACAGUAAUAAAACAGAGACCAGAUAAAGAGGACAGAAGAAAAAGGGAAAGAAAAACUCAACGGUAUGAGGUGCACCAACAACAACUACUGUGGGAAACAAUGAGAAUCUGUUAUAGCUGACUGGAUGACUUGAAUGUCACCCCCAGUCUUAUUAGUCGACAAAUGAAUGCUGGUUUGUGCUGACCCAAUAGUGAGCAGCAAUAUAUGGUUUAUAUGUACAUAGUAAAACUUUAAUUUAGGUCAAAUCAUAAUGUUAGACAAACAGUAACUUAGAAAAAAUAUAGACAGGCAUUAGCUUGGAAACAAAAAAUAUGCAUUUUAUUGUCCCAUUGUAAGAGUAACAUGGAAAAUUCUCACAGUGACCUGCUCCAAGGUGGAAAUCUCCAAGACACUACGUAUUGCCGGUGUCUUAUUUUUCUUUUUUCUUUUUUUUUUUUUACAUCGAUGUGCCAAACCCAAGUGUUGAAUGAUUUACUGAUGCCUGAUUAAUGAAGCAAAAAAAAAAAAAAAAAAACAAGAGUGAGAGAAACUUCUUUUAAAGUGCCAUGAAAGCAUAAUUUAAGUCAGCAGUGCACCUUCCUCAUGUACUGUGGUGUUCAAGAACUCACUUAUUGCAGUAUGCGUAUUAUAUUUCUGCCUUUGACCUUACAUGAUGAAUGUUUCAUUUUUUUCAUUAAGAUGCUGACUUGUACUGUUGAAAUUGAACUUUUUUCUGCUCCCUUUAUGUGACGCUUCUGAUGCUGAAUGUUAUCAACACUGUUUGAGGGUCUGUUUGUAAAUUACUUUAAUUAAAGGGACGGUUCACCCCUCAAAGUAAAUGUAUGUAUUUUUCCUCUGGCCUGUAUUGCUUUUUAUCCGUCUGGAUUGUUUAAGUGUGAGUUGCCUGGUUUGGAGAUAUCUGCUAUAUCAGUGCCUGUCUUCUCUUGAAUAUAAUAGAAGGAGAUGGCAGUUGCCUUGUGUUCCCCCCCCCCAAAAUUGAAAAACUCAGCAGCUAUGUCCCUUUCCAUAUAUCAUGAUGCAGUUACUCAAAAAAAAAAAAAAAAAAAAAACACAAAGCUUGCUGUAAGCAGUUUCAUGUAGGAACUAUUUUCUCUGUAAUGUCUCACCAACGAAAGGUUUAUUCAUCGGUGAGAGAGCGAGACUGCCGUUUCCUUGUGCACGGUGACAUAUGUAGCAGGUGUAGUUUGUUUCUCCAUGAAAAUGCCUACAUCAAAGCUUGUGGAUUUUUUUUUUUAUACCCGAGUCAUGAUUUCUGAAAUGUUGCAGCUGAGUUUUUCAAAUGUAGUGUUUCAGAAUUUUCAUUAUAUUCAAGAGAAGGCUGACAUCUCUACAGCUGAUAUCUCCAAAGCCAAGAAACUCACACCAAAAUUGUUUAGAUGAAUAAACAGCACCGCAGACCGGAGAAAAGCUUUGAUUUUAGGCUGAACUGCUCCUUUAAUAGAUCAUGUCAUCUCCUGUAAAUAUGUAAGCAUAAAUAUAGAUACUUUGUCAUGCCCUUUAUGAUCACACUGUUAAUGUUUUCACCGAUGCCAUGACGUGACCUGAAUAGCUGAUAUGUAAUAAUAAUAAUAAUGUUCUAUAAGUAGUUCAUAAGCAAAUCCUCAAAUAGACUGAAAUGCAUUGAGGGAACACUGUGUAGCUCACUUCGUGUCCUGAUUAUGGACACUGCGUCUUGUUCUGUAGUCUGGUGAUUGUCUGUCUGUCAUUGUCAACCAACUGCCAUACUGGAGGAUCUUGAAAACGCUCGUCAGCAUCCCGAGGGAAUGAAUGUAACCACUUUUCUUUUGUUUGGCACCAUUACAAUGUGCAGUAAUAAGGAAAAGCACAAAAUGUGUGUGGGUUUUUUUUUGUUGUUUUCUUUGCUUUCAAAAGGAGCUGUUCUGUAACAUUUGUGAAUAAUGUAAAUAAUCAUCCUGAAUGUAUUGUGUACCUGUGUGGUUUCAGGGAUGGGAGGGAUGAGGGAAAGGGGUAGAUGGGAAUGGGAAUGGGAGGGAUCCGUGCACUUCUAAGCCAGGACGGUGUUUGGAGUGUGAGGCUAUUUUUUUGGUGACGAUACUGUGAAUAAGACGUAUGUACAGUAUUUACGUGACUUCUGGCUGAACGCUGAGUUCAGCGGUUUCCUUCCUGUCAGUAGAGUAGAGCCGCAGGCCUGACCUCAGCCAGAGAUGAGCUGUCUCAUUUGACUGAUGCCUGCCACGUUUCGCAGUUGCUAAGCUACUGCUGAUAUAAUAAUCAUCAAUCU